AUGACAAAUUCGAGCCUAGUGACAAUGUUCAUCCUCUCGGGCCUUGCCCACACACCAGAGCUGGACACGCUCCUCUUUGGAAUCUUCCUGGUGAUCUAUGUCCUCACUGUGGUGGGGAACCUUCUCAUCCUGCUGGUGAUCACAGUGGAUCCCCGCCUGCACACCCCCAUGUACUACUUCCUGAGCAACCUAUCCUUCAUUGACUUGUGGUACUCCACGGUCACUUUGCCCAAAAUGCUGAUGACCCUGGUGUCCCCAGAAGGCAGUGCUAUCUCCUUUCCCAGCUGUGUGGCCCAGCUCUACUCCUUCCACUUCCUGGGCAGCACCGAGUGCUUCCUCUACACCGUCAUGUCCUAUGACCGCUUCCUGGCCAUCAGUUACCCCCUCAGGUAUGCCAGCAUGAUGAGUGGGAGGACGUGUGCCAUCCUGGCCACAACCACGUGGCUCAGUGGCUCUCUGCACUCUGCUGUCCAGACCACACUGACGUUCCGUUUGCCCUUCUGUGGACCCAACCAGAUCCAGCAUUACUUCUGUGAUGCACCGCCCAUCCUCAAACUGGCUUGUGCAGACACCUCUGCCAACGAGUUGGUGAUCUUUGUCAACAUUGGGGUGGUGGCUUCAGGAUGUUUUCUCCUGAUAGUGCUGUCCUAUGUGUCCAUCGUCCAUUCCAUCCUGAAGAUCUGCACCUCAGAGGGGCGAUGGAGAGCCUUCCAGACCUGUGCCUCCCACUGCACUGUGGUACUGUGCUUCUUUGGCCCUGGUGUUUUCAUUUACCUGAGACCAGGCUCCAAGGAGGCUAUGGACAGGAUUGUGGCUGUUUUCUACACUGUGCUGACACCUCUUCUGAACCCUGUGGUCUACACCCUGAGGAACAAGGAAGUGAAGAAGGCUCUGUUGACACUUAAAGAUAAAGUAGGGCAUUCACAGAGCAAAUAA